AUGUCACAUACACACUCCCACUCCCACGGGAACGAGCUAGGUCAUACCCAUUCCCAUGAUGAUCCGUUCGGAGGACAUGGUCACUCGCAUGAGAUCCUAGAUGGACCAGGUUCGUAUUUAAACCGGGAGUUGCCAUUGAUUGAAGGCCGGGACUGGAAAGACCGUGCAUUUACUAUUGGAAUCGGAGGACCAGUCGGGUCCGGAAAGACGGCUCUCAUGCUUGCGUUGUGUCUGAAGCUACGUGACGAAUACAACAUUGCAGCCGUUACAAAUGAUAUCUUCACGAGAGAAGACGCAGAAUUCCUAACCAGGCAUAAAGCCCUCUCUCCAUCUCGAAUCCGCGCCAUCGAAACAGGUGGCUGUCCGCACGCUGCUGUCCGGGAAGACAUCUCCGCAAACCUCCUCGCUCUCCAAUCCCUUCAGAAACAAUACCAGACGGACCUCCUCCUCAUCGAGUCGGGAGGCGAUAAUCUCGCCGCGAACUACUCUCGCGAGCUGGCUGAUUUCAUCAUCUACGUUAUUGAUGUCGCGGGCGGGGAUAAGGUGCCUCGCAAGGGUGGUCCGGGGAUUACGGGCUCCGACCUGUUGGUUGUGAACAAGAUUGAUCUUGCGGAGGCUGUGGGUGCAGAUUUGAGUGUUAUGGAACGCGAUGCGGCGAAGAUGAGGGAGGGGGGUCCGACAAUUUUCGCCGUCGUCAAGGAUAAUAAGAAGGGGGUGGAUAGUAUUGUGGAUUUGAUUCUGAGUGCCUGGAAGGCCAGUGGUGCUUAUGAGGCGAGCUUGCAGAGGUGGAAGGAGGGUGCACCAAGGGGGUCAGGGAGUGUUGGGGAGUAA